AUGGGUCUGGAGGAUACGGAGCCGCAUCUUGGCCCUCAGGUCGUCAAACACCUGCGGAACAAGGUCGGAGUACUCUUUGGCCAGAGUUUCCACGGUCUGGUAGAAAUGCGUCGGCUGGCUCGUUUGGAGGCUUUGAACCAGAUGGCAGCAGUGCGGGUCCACCAGCCCGCCGUACUUGACGAGGUUCGUGUGCCGUUUGUUGUCUGCAAGCACGGUGUUGAUGGCAUAGAUGCUGACGACGUUCUGGAGCACGUUCUGGGGUCUGGACACAGGCAGCUUGAACAGGAUCUGGAACUGGUCGUGCGCAGAGCCGUAAUGGCCCGUGUUCAUGAGCGACUUGGCUAG